AUGAACUUUGGUUAUGAUGAAGAGGGGAACAGAGUCCCCAGUGACCAAAGUGGGUGUGGCGACAGCACCAGCAGGGAGUACGACGGCACCCACGAAGUGAGAUCUACUAGCGACGACAACGAUAACGAUUCUUCAGGGUCAGCCGGGAGCGGUACAGAAAGUAACAGAGGCAGUGAUGGUAGCGACUCUGUAGAACACGAGCGGCGAAGGCACGACGACGACACGACGAGUGGGUCAAGUGGUGACUUUGGCGACGAUGUUGAGCUUGUCAUUGGAGAAGUUGCCAACCAGUCAAUCGAUGAGCCUUUGGUGGCUGGUCGUGACGUUGCAUCAUCAACCAUGAAAAAUCGCAGGGAUGCUGCCGGAGGAAAGUUUUUGUUGGAAGAUCGUCUGGUACAUCCUCUUCUAAUUGGGGAGGUGGUGUCGAAAGAGCCGUCGACGCGGGACUUCUUGGAUCUCCUGCGAGGCGUCCCUUCACGACAGCGUAUCGUUGCGGUUGCGGGGCACUUGCACCACGGAAAAACUUCACUCUUGUCACUGCUUCUAGGCGGUCGUGCCUACAGGCAGCGAGAGGACGAGGUUGAGCGAGGCAUAUCCGUGAAGAGCAGCGUCGUGACGGAGGUUGUCGCGGGUGCACAUUAUGAACAGACCUCACACCUAAUGACGUUUGUCGACACUCCCGGUCACCCCGAUUUUGCGGCGGAAACAGCAGCCGCGCUACGUCUAGCGGACGCUGUGCUUUUUUGCGUUGACGCCGCUGAGUCGCUCACAAGUAACGGCGCUCGGCUCCUGCGCCAGGUUGUAUUGCAGGAAGGAAUACCAAUUGUGCUUGUUAUAACGAAAAUUGAUCGCCUUAUAAUGGAUUUGAAGCUCCCUCCGCUCGAUGCGUAUCGAAAGUUGCGCAUGGUGGUGGAUGCGGUAAACAAUGAAAUUUCUAGUUUUGGAAGUGGAUGCUCUCCCUUCUUGGUGUCGCCGCUGAACGGCACUGUUUGUUUCGCUUCCUCCAACAUCGGAUGUUUUUUCACCACGGAGACGUUUGCGUUGAAGUACAGCAGCAAGUACCCAUCCGUGGAUGCGAUCGCUUUAUCGCAGCAAUUGUGGGGGCAAGUGACUUUUGAGGAGGGAAGGUUCGUUCGCAUUACAAACUUCCGCCAGAAACCUUCCUUUGUUACACUUGUGCUUGAGCCUCUGUACAAGGUUGUUGCUCAUUCACUUACUGGAAAAGGCUCGCAGGUACUCAGCAAUAAGCUUAAUCCACUGCCGCGAGGGCCCAUCAGUGCUGUACGCGAGGCAGUGCAACUUUUCUGCGGUGACCCCGCGUUGGAGGGUAUUGAUGCGCUUCUAAACGUAUUGCCCGCAACUGACAAACGCUCAGCGUGGCUGAAGACGCAGUACCGGCUGAAUGUAGAGGAAGAAGACUCAGCAGCAGCCAUCGCACCGAUAAUACGAUCUCAAAAUAAUGGUGAGGAGAACUUUGCCGUUGUUCGUGUACUGCACGGCGUACUGAAACGUGGGGUAAAGGUGGUUGUGGUGGAUGAGCAUUCCAGUGAUGCUGAGCCUUUUUAUACGUUUACGGUAAAGGAGUUGUUGCUGAAAAUGUUGGACGGAUUUGUCGAUGUGGAUUGCGCGUACGCAGGCCAGGUUGUUCUCGUCACCGGCUUUGAUACACGAGCAGGAAGUCACCUUGUGAUGGUCGGCGGAGUCGCUGCCACGAGUUUGUUAUGGGAAGAGGAAAACACUAUAGACUCCGCCAGAGAGUCUGGCGCUUCGUGGCUCGAUGAAGUGAGAGUACUACCCCUUAAGUGCGGAAAACCAUUUGUGCAUGUUGGAGUUGAACUGAAAAAUCCAGCAAAAGCAAACCAGUUACAGCAAAGUCUUCAAAUAUUGAUUCGCACAACACCUGGCCUAGACGCGCACAAAGAGGAAACGGGGGAGUUCACCAUUAGUGGCUAUGGGGAGUUGCACCUCGACACUGCUCUACACGAGUUGCGGUGUGCCUUGUGCAAAGGGGUGAAACUUGGCAUAUCUCCGCCAUUUGUUUCCUUUUCGGAGACUGUGUUAGAAAAGGAUGGUGCUUUAGCUGUCACUUCGUCAAACUGGGCACAUAUUGGUUUUACGGCCGGCUCGCUCCCAACCAAACUGACUGAACAAAUCGAAAAUGAGCAAAUCAAUCUGUUUCCUUCGCCCGGUACCGACAGUGUUGUUAAGCUAUGGACGACGUUACAGCAACACGACAUGGACGCUCUUGACGCGCGGAACAUAAUAGCGACAGGCCCACACACAACGAAAGGGCCGAGUGUGCUCAUUAAUGAUACGCUUGACGAGGAGCACGAGGAGUUCGAACGACUCACAGAGCAGCGGUUGCAAGCCAUUACCGCUGGGUUCCGCUCUGCAGUGGCAGCGGGGCCGCUGAUCGGCGACGUCGUUCGCGGAGCGGCACUGCGCCUCAUUUUCGCAGACCUGGAGCCUGAUGCCAGAGACGCGGCGAUUAUGGCUGGUGCGAGAACCGCAGCUAAACAGGCGCUACUCGGUGCGCAUCCGCAGCUUCUUGAGCCAGUGCUAAAGGUUGACAUUAUGUGCCCCCCAGGGUCUGUGGAAAAAAUUGCAGAGGUACUGCAAAUGCGUCGCGGGAGUAUUGUAUCGGAGGAACCCAUAGCAGCAACUACAUUUGUGUGCGUCCGGGCGUUAGUACCGGCAAUCGACAGCUUCGGCCUGGAAACACAGCUGCGAGUGGUGACGCUUGGCGAGGCACUUCCACUCUUCGCGUUCGACAGCUGGGACACAGUUCCAGGGGACCCGUUUGACACAACGGUACACAUUGGGCCCUUGCAACCGGCGCGGGGGUACCAGCUAGCACGUGAUUUCACGUUGAAAACACGCUUCCGCAAGGGAUUACCACCACUUCUCGCAGAGUUCCAGAUGUGA